AUGCAAGAUUAUUUCGCCGGCACAUUUAACACCACCAUUUUCUCGCAGUUUGAACUGAAGGAUGUGAUAAAUGGUCAAAAAUCGACGGAGAGAAUUAGGCCGACAGAAUCUUUUGAAGUGGUAACCGUCAAAGAGAAGAACUAUAGAUAUUUAUAUUCCGAUAGAAACACCUUGCACCUCUUGGACCCAGAGACGUUGGAUCAAAUCGAGAUAGGUUCGGAUAAGCUCGAUGGUAUGAUUGCGCGGGGCCUGGACGAGAGUUAUAAAGUGGAAAUUAACGUGUCUUCCCCACAGUCGACGCAUUUAGACGACAUGAACUUAACCGUUGCCUCUUUGGAGACGGAGGAAGGCGAUCGUGUAAUAUCCGCCCGUCUACCUCUGACAUACGCUUACGAGGUUGUGUCCAAUACCCCGAACGUCGGGAGCUCCUCCAAAGGACCGGCCCAAAAGACCGUCGAAAUAAAAGGUGGAAUUCAAGUUCAGGUGCCAGAGUUUAUUAACGUGGGAGAAAAGAUUGUCAUAACCUUGAAUGAUAUCAAAUAUUGCAAAAGAGCAUAG